AUGUCUCUUCCUACUACUCAAAAAUUAUAUAGAAUCUUCAAAAGAGAAGGAAUUGAAAAUUUAGAAUUACACUCCAAUGAGCCUGUCCCACAAACUCUUCUCAGAAAUCAAGUCCUCGUUCGCUUGAGAGCAGCCUCUCUCAAUUUCCGUGAUGUUCUUGUAGUAACAGGAAAAUAUCCAUCCAAUUUCCCUUCUGAUGGAUUAAUUCCACUAUCAGAUGGUGCAGGAGAAGUGGUUGCCAUCGGCGAGAAUGUCAAGGAAUUUAAAGUUGGUGAUCGAGUCGCCGGAAUCUUUACACAAGAUUGGGUGAAUGGUGAAAUGAAAGAUGAAUACAUGACCAAUGUAUUGGGAGGCAGUGCUCAUGGAGUUCUCUCUCAAUAUCGUGUCUUUGAAAAGCAUUCCAUUGUUAAAAUUCCUCAAAUCUUGAGCUAUGAAGAGGCUGCAACUUUGCCAUGUGCUGCAUUGACUGCAUUCCAUGCUCUCUAUGAAAACGGAAUUAAACCUGUUGGAGCAGGUCAAACUGUACUUGUGUUGGGAACUGGUGGUGUCUCUGUGUUUGCCAUUCAAUUUGCUCUUGCGUCUGGAGCAACUGUCAUUGUCACUUCAUCCAAUGAUGAGAAAUUGAAGAAGGCAAUUGAAUUGGGAGCUCAUCAUACCAUUAAUUACAGUACAACACCAAAUUGGGAUGAAAAAGUAAGAGAAUUAACGAAUGGUAGAGGAGUCGAUCAUGUCAUUGAGGUUGGUGGAUCUGGUACCUUACAAAAGUCAUUGAAAGCAGUUCGUAGAAAUGGUCAAGUUCACAUGAUUGGUGUGCUAUCCAAAAACACUGAUCCAAACUUUGAUGUUGGAAUGCAAGUCUUGUUCGGAGGAUCUAUUCUUCGAGGAUUUAUUGUUGGAUCAAGAGAAAUGUUCGAGAAUAUGAAUCGAGUGAUUGAACAACAUAAGAUUCAUCCUGUCGUUGAUAAGGUCUUUAAGUUUGAAGAAGCAAAGGAAGCAUUGCACCAUUUGUUAUCUCAAAAACAUGUUGGAAAGGUUGUUAUUUCCAUUGAAUAA